UAUCAACAUAAAGACCCAACAACCCUAAAGGCCGAGAAAGAGAGUAGAGGAGUGAUGGGAAGAACGACAAGGCAAAAUGAGAGAAUUACAGGGGUCUUUUUCAUGGCUACUCUGAUACUAUGGUUCGUCUCCAUUUUGUUCGAAAUCAUAUUUGACAAGCGGUCUGAGCUAAUCUGCGUCGUUGCUGGAUGUUUCUUCUUCCAAAUGGCCAACUGGGUCAUCCGCUAUUUCGCCUCUCGUGACCCGCUCUUCGUAAAUACCUCCGUUUCUCUCCUCCACUCAACUAUUGCUUCCUCUUCAGUGAUUUUCAUUGUGGUGAAUCAAUGGUUAACAAGUGGUUCAAAUGGGAUGUUUGAGCACUCUCAGCUAUUUGGUGGUACUUGGCCUUGGGCAUACGCUGCUUUGUGCUUCUCAUGUGGUUACUUUGCGUAUGACCAAUUGGAUAUGCUGCAAUACCGAUUAUAUAGCGGUUGGAUUCCGGCCAUCUUGAUGCAUCAUCUGAUACUACUCAUUUGCUUUACUCUUGCUUUGUAUCGAAAUGUCACCAUCAACUAUCUUAUUCUUACACUCAUUUGUGAGUUACAUUCGGUCUUCCUGCACGUGAGGAAAGUCCGGCGGAUGGCCGGACUUCGUGAUGCCAAGAGCUUGUUUGUAAGGAUAGAAUGGGUUCUGAACUGGGUUACCUACAUUACAGCAAGGUGUGCUGCUCAUAUUCUCAUCACAGCCAAGCUUAUUUGGGAUGCUCCCAAAUUUGAAAAGGGUGUGGAACUGCCACUAGCUCUGUUUGGGAUGGCGGGAAUGAACUUGCUUAAUGUUUUUCUAGGAAUUGAUCUCUUCAGUGCUUACAGAAAAGAAAAGAGUUCCCACAACUCCAAUCCCCAUCAAGAAUGACCAGACAUACAGACCUCAGGUUCAGAAAGAAUUACAAUUUAUAUCAUUGUUUUUAAUAGUUUGCAUAAAUAUAUUUAUAUAUAUAAGUUGGCAUCGUAUAGAAUGAAAAUUUUCAUUUAGGAAUUAGUGAUGUAGAUAAGUGUGGAAACUUACCUCUCUCCUCUCCCACCUUUUAUCGUCACUCUUAUCAUCAUGUGUAAACCUAGCCUUAUUAUUACAUGUGUAUUAGAGCAACAAACCAUAACAUUAUGUUUCUCAUAUAUAACUAAAAGGACAUUUGUUUUCGGGGAAUUAGCAGUAAUCAAUGUUAUGAAAAGUUUGUGAAUUA